UAAAGCAUGCUUUUUUACAAAAAAAAAAAAUUUUAAAAAAAAUCCUAGUGCAUGUAAUGGCAACUUAAUGACAUACAGUUUUGUCCAAUUCAUAAUAUUCCGAGAUUAUGUACAAACCAACUAUCUUCAUUUUGGAGGAAACUAACAAAAAGCACAAGUAAAAUAAGUCAGAAUUAAUCACGCUGUGUCAGCCCUCAGGGACCAGAUAAACUUUCUCUCGUGACUAUGAUAUUUUAAAACGCAUUUGGCCAUAUUGCACCAAUCCAAGAGCUUCCACUGCAACCUCUUCUUAAAAAUUAUUAAGCAGCAUGGCAACGUGUGCUUUGUCAGAUAUUAUUAAAACACUUGCACGUUCUCCGAAGGCAAAUUCUGUAGGUAUGUAGUUCUUGGUCCAUCUCUUGCAAAUUUUUAACCCUCUACGAUUCUCUCCAGAAAAUCAUCUUGACUAUUAGUGCAGUGACAACCAAUAAACCCAUGGUGGAGUAACAAGUCCAAAACCAGCAACAGAAAAAUGAGUUCCUCGAGUAGCUUCAUUUUGUUUCUUGUUAGCCUGCUUUCUUUGCAGCUCAUAGCAGCAAGUUUUGGCCAACUUCAGGUGGACUAUUACAAUCAUUCAUGCCCAAAUGUUGAGUCGAUAAUUCGAGCCGCAGUUGAAAGGAAAUUCCAGCAGACAAUUGUAACUGCGCCUGCUACACUUAGGCUUUUCUUCCAUGAUUGCUUCGUUAGGGGAUGUGAUGCUUCUGUGAUUCUGGCUAAGAGAAACGGUGCAGCAGAGAAGGUCAAUCCCAUUGAUCUGUCACUGGCUGGUGACGGGUUUGAUACUGUGCUUAAAGCCAAGGCUGCGGUUGAAGAGGUCCCUGGCUGUAGAAAUAAGGUUUCAUGUGCUGAUAUAUUGGCAUUGGCCACAAGGGAUGUCAUUACACUGACAGGAGGACCGUCUUAUACAGUAGAGCUGGGAAGGCUUGACGGGAGAAUCUCCACGAAAGCCAGUGUGAGACGCCGCAUUCCUCAUGCUAAUUUCAAAUUACCUAAGCUGGAGGCAAUGUUUGCUUCACAUGGUCUCAGUCUCACAGAUCUAGUUGCUCUAUCAGGAGCACAUACUAUAGGUUUCUCUCACUGCAGUCAAUUCUCUAGACGCAUUUACAGAUUCAGAAGCAGGAACAGUAUUGAUCCAACACUUGAUUUGGGUUAUGCACAACAGCUCAGGAACUGGUGCCCAACAAAUGUAGACCCCAGAAUUGUCGUAAGCUUGGACCCCACUACGCCUUGGAUAUUUGAUAAUCAGUAUUUCAAGAAUCUUCGGCAAGGCAAAGGACUCUUAACAUCUGAUCAAACUUUGUUUACUGAUAGAAGAUCAAGGAAGUUGGUUAACUUGUUUGCAUCCAACAGCACAGCCUUUGAACAGGCUUUUGUAACUGCCAUGACAAAACUCGGACGGAUUGGGGUCAAAACAGGAAACCAGGGUGAAAUUAGGCAAGAUUGUACCAGGGUCAAUUAGAUCACCGUCCUUUACUUCUUCACCGUUUUUCUUUACAAUUUAUCAAUGCUUGUUUCAUUCUAAUCUUUUAGGCCGUAACGUAUGGAAUGUCUCCAUUUAAUCAUACAAGCUUUGCCUCAUGAAUUAUAAUC